AUGACAUUAGCAAUAUUGACACUAAUAUCUGCAAUAAGCAGUCACUCGGUUCUACAAAACAUCCAGAAGAACGGAUAUGCAGACAAUCUCAUUGAUGCUUUUAAAGACCACGAGGUCGAGUGUGUCUCAGGGGCAGGUUCUGGAGCGAUGCGAAAUUAUUUCUUAGACGGCACGGGCGGGAAUGCCUACACAUCCAAGUCGCUGUUCUCAGAAUACGAUAAGUAUGGAAACUUAACUGGUGGUGGUGGGCUAAUAAGCGACCAGGGGUAUGUAAUGAAAGGUGGGCUCAACAGAAUACUAGGCGCAAGUCUUGAAAGUGGUGUGAGUCUCGAGGAUGCGAUGCUCAAGGAUAGAAUGAGAAACUUUAAGGUGGUCACCGCUUCAUACGGCACUGGAGCAUAUGACGCGUCUUUGGGCAAUCUGUAUGGAAAAAGAAUAGCCGGGUACAAAGACUCAAGGGUCGACGAGAAUCUCUUAGAAUACAGCAAUCCUGAUAUUGUGAAGAACAUUCGAUGCAACUUUCCAUCCAAUGGAUUUGGCCAUGUCUACUGCACUGACAACCGGAUCAUUGGAGAGCACUAUGAUUUGUCCCACAGAAAGGGCCCGUAUAGAGUAAAUGCACACUUCGAAUCUCCGUCAAAAGUCCAGGAGCCACCCAACUGUCUAUCCUAUCAUCCGAAUGCUCACAAAGAUUUAUUGAUGGCAAAAAGAGUUGGGUUUACAGAUAAUGACCUGUUGCAAAGCAAGAUGCACAAAGCUUGUGUCACAUCCGACUGCAAAAUGAAAUACCCAGCCUAUAGAAAGGGUGUUGCCAGAUUCAUAGCCCCGGCGGACGAGUUCCACGAAGUUUAA